GUUAUCAGACAGAUGACAGCUUGUGCGUGCAAUACAAGCACACUGAAUCGAGAACGCAUCGAUUAAACAAGGAGUCUGUUUGAACCAGGAAAUCAACAUGCAGGAGCAAGAAAGGGCGAAGCAGAAAAUAGUCGUUGCAUUUGAUUUUGGCACAACAUACAGUGGGUAUGCAUUUUCACACAGCAAUAAUCCAUUCAAAGUGGGCACUUUUUUGUGGAAGUCAGGUCAAGAAAGUCUUAUAUCACAGAAAACUCCAACAUCCAUUUUACUGAAUCCGGAGGGCAGUUUCCAUUCUUUUGGGUUUGAAGCCGAAGACAAAUUUGCUAAUUUAUCCGAAGCUGAAGAACAUGGAGAUUGGAGACUUUUCAGACAGUUUAAGAUGCUGCUUUUAAGCGAGGGGCAACUAAAGAGGUCUACUACAAUAGCUGAUGUUUCCAAGAAGAAGGAACAUGAAAUGCCGGCUAUUGAGAUAUUCGCAAUGUCGAUACAGUACCUGAAAGACCAUUUCCUUGAACAAAUAAAAAGCCAGGGUUUGGACGAGACCAGUUUUAUUGUGCAGUAUGUCCUUACUGUGCCGGCAAUCUGGGGUGAUAAAGCUAAAGCCUUUAUGAGGGAAGCUGCAAUGAAGGCUGGGAUCGAUUCAGAUAGUUUGACCCUUGCAUUAGAACCAGAAGUGGCUUCGAUCUGGUGUAAGUCUCGUGAGUCUGGCAUUCAAUACGCACACAGUCAAGAAGCAAAGAUAUCGCUCUCUGGUGAAGGCACGCGUUACAUGGUCGUUGAUCUUGGAGGUGGUACUGCAGACAUAUGUAUCCAUGAAAUCAAUAAAGAUGGUCUGAAGCAAAUAGGAAAGGCCAGCGGUGGGCCGUGGGGAGGAACGAACGUUGAUAGAAGACUUCUAAAGUUCUUCAAACGUCUUGUGGGAACCCAAGCUCUGGAGGCUUUAAAAGAUGAAGGGAUGAAUGAUUACUUUGAUCUCAUUAGAUGUUUUGAGGCAAGCAAACGAGAAUUCGAUGAAGAAGCAAACAAGAAAAUGUCGUUCAAGGUGCCAGGGUUGCUCCAGGAGUUAUGCGAAAGGUUUAAUGGGAAGACCUUAAGCGACAGGGUGGAAGAGUUAUUUAAUGCUGACAAGGUUGAAUUUAAACGCGACAAAAUUAGAAUCCAUUCCAGUGAAGUAGCAAAAUGGUUCGAUGCUCCGAUUUCAAGUCUUGUCAAGCAUAUACGAGGAAUUUUUGAGGACAGACAAAUUGGAAUUAUACACACGAUUGUGUUGGUUGGAGGGUUUAGUGAAAGUCCGUUCGUUCAAAACAAAAUAAAGAGAGCAUUUUCAAACCGACGCGUGAUCGUCCCUUAUGAGGCUGGUCUAGCUGUUUUAAAAGGGGCAGUGAUUUUUGGACACAAUCCAGAUGCAGUAACAUCCAGAGUUCUGAAGUACACAUAUGGCAUAUCUGUUGAUCUCCCGUUUGAUGAAGAGAAACACAGCGAAGAAUCAAAGUUCUUUAAACGUACUUUCAAUGCUUGGAGAGCGAAGGAUUGUUUCAAACCUUUUGCUAGAGUCAACGAUGAGGUCAAGUACGCUGAUAGAAUUUUGCACAAAUUUGCCCAGAGAGAUUGCUGGUCCUCUUGUGUUCGGAUUUAUCGAUCCACUGAACACUCACCAAUUUAUGUGACCGAUCCGGGAUGUGAAUAUAUUGGAAAGGUUGAAAUUGAACAUUCAAUCGACUACGUCACAAUUGAAGUGACGUUACUGUUUGGUACCACGGAACUCAUGGUGAAAGCACGUUUAAAGGAAUCGGGUCGCGAAAGGGUUGCAGUCCUACAGUGCCUGGAACAGUGAGAUGACAAAAAUGCACACAUUAUAUUCACGGUCGCAGUCCUACAGUGCCUGGGGCUAUGAAAUAACCAAAACACACAUCUUGCUCAAGGUCGCAGUCCUACAGUGCCUGGAGCAAUGAAAUAACCAAAAUACACACAUCUUGUUCAAGGUCGCAGUCCAACAGUGCUUGGAGCAAUGAAAUAACACAAAUACACACAUCUUGAUCAAGGUCGCAACCCUACAGUGCCUGGAGAAAUGAAAUAACAAAAUACCCACAUCAUGUUCAAGUAUGUUGUGUCAAAAUAUUGUGUAAGCUUUUGUUUGCUUAUAGUACUCCUAUGCGGGGAGAAGCUUCGAAAGAUAAACGCAUAAGGAACCAAACUUAACUGUGCAGGGGAAAUAACCCCAAUGUUUAAUGUUAACAAAAGUUUGAUAGUUGUUUAGUGUAGUUGUCUUGUAUUAUGUUAACGUUUUGUUUCUUGCUUGGUGUUUGUUUGGAUUUUUGAAUCUUUAAGCAAACCUUUGGUUUGGUGUUAAUUUAUUAACACACACAGCCGUGUCUGAAUCGCUGAAAUGAUAGUUAUUAACAUGCUUUGUUGAACCAUUGAAGGAAAGGCAAUGCUUUCAAAAUAAAUAUAGUAUGCCUUGAAGGUGUUUAUGUAUAAAUUAGGUGUAAUUAUCGACACUUCAUACUACAAUGAAACGCAGAAAAAUAAUGUUCAAUACUUAUAAUUACAACUCUAAAAAAUUAAAAGCUUUAUUUUGCUAUUAUCCAAGAUGCGCAAUUCAUCACUCGAUAUUUCCAUGUAGUUGGUAGCCUUCCCACGCGUAUGAAUACAUCAUUGUCUUGGAGACACGUGGAGCUAAAUUUAGUAACGAUGAGACCAGUAAUGGCUACCGACUUCUCAUUUUUUCCCAAUUCGAAGCGGAUUAACAGCACUUUUCAGGUAUUACUAAGAUAUUUACGUAAAAGCAACGUGUUAAAAUUCUGAAUUGUACCUUCAAUUAUUUCUUGGUUAAGACAAUAUUUUUACCAUUAGACCUACUGCCCUGUUGUUUAUAUUCAUUAAUUGUCGGCAUGCCAUUACUUUCAGAUAGCUGUUGACCUAGAUCUUAACUUUCAGUUUCACUUUCAUUUUUAUUUGUAACUUCAGACAAUUCAUUAAAUGUUCAUCAGUUCUUUAAUUUCUGGAGAAAUUACAGCAGCAGCAGUUUCCUCACUCAAUUCCGGCACAAACAACUCACCAAAGAGAUCUUUAAACAAGUCGAAAGCUGACAGAUCACCGCCACGUUUUCUCUGCAGACAAACUUUUUUUAUUGUCAUUUAUAAUAAAAAAAAUAAUACAAUAUCAACAAUUUUAAAA